GAGAGAGAGGGGGGGAGAGAGAGAGAGAGAGAGGGAGAUAGAAAAGAGCUAAAGAGCAGAGGGACCAUCUCUUUCUUUCCUUUACGCCACCAAACCAAUACACCCAUUUCCCCCCACCGGGAUUGCGCGUGGGGAGGGAGGACCGGGACCUCGGUGCAACACUCACACACCAAGUAACAGCGCGCACUGACUGAGCGGAAGGGACAGACACCGGACUCACGCACUCUUGGAGACCACAGGCUACGACACACACACACAGACAGGCUGCAAAGCAAAGCGAGAGAGAAAGAGGGAGCGGCCACGCAAAGUUGAGCAGACUCCACCCAGAAAAAAGCCAGCGAACCGAGAGACAGACGAGACCAUAAAAAUGAGUGGUUCACACCCCCGGCUCCACCAGAGCGCCGCGCCCGCUCCCAACGCUCUCUCCACGGACAAGGACGCAGAAAUGCCCGCCACGGAGAAGGACCUGGCCGAGGAUGCGCCGUGGAAGAAGAUCCAGCAGAACACCUUUACGCGUUGGUGUAACGAGCACCUGAAAUGCGUCAACAAGAGGAUCGGCAACUUGCAGACGGACCUCAGCGACGGGCUGCGGCUCAUCGGGCUCCUGGAGGUCCUGUCCCAGAAGAAGAUGUUCAGAAAGUACAACCAGAGGCCCACCUUCCGCCAGAUGCAGCUGGAGAACGUGUCGGUGGCUCUGGAGUUCUUGGACAAGGAGAACAUUAAGCUGGUGUCCAUAGACUCUAAAGCCAUCGUGGAUGGGAACUUGAAGCUGAUCCUGGGUCUGAUCUGGACCUUGAUCCUGCACUACUCCAUCUCUAUGCCCAUGUGGGACGAGGAGGAGGAGGCGGAUGAUGGCAAGCAGAAGACGCCCAAGCAGAGGCUGCUGGGAUGGAUCCAGAACAAACUGCCCGAGCUUCCUAUCACUAACUUCCACAGGGACUGGCAGACCGGCCGGGCCCUGGGUGCCUUGGUCGACAGCUGUGCUCCAGGUCUCUGUCCUGACUGGGACCAGUGGGAUCAGACCAAACCCGUGGACAACGCCCGUGAGGCCAUGCAGCAAGCUGACGACUGGCUGGGUAUCCCACAGGUGAUAACCCCUGAAGAGAUCGUUGACCCCAACGUGGACGAACAUUCAGUUAUGACCUACCUGUCCCAGUUCCCCAAGGCUAAACUGAAGCCUGGCGCGCCUCUCCGACCCAAGCUCAACCCCAAGAAGGCUCGUGCCUAUGGGCCAGGUAUCGAGCCUAUUGGUAAUGUUGUGAUGAAGAAGGCUGUGUUCACCGUGGAGACCAUCAGUGCAGGAAUGGGAGAGGUGCUGGUUUAUGUGGAGGACCCUGCAGGACACAGAGAGGAGGCUAAAGUGACCGCCAACAACGAUAAGAACCGCACCUACUCUGUCUUCUACAUCCCUAAAGUCACAGGCAUGCACAAGGUGACGGUGUUGUUUGCUGGGCAGCACAUCUCUAAGAGCCCCUUCGAGGUGGAGAUCGGCAUGGCUCAGGGAGACUCCAGCAAGGCCACAGCCCAGGGACCAGGCAUCGAGCCCUCAGGAAACAUCGCCAACAAGAGCACCUACUUUGACGUCUACACAGCAGGUGCUGGUAUUGGCGAGGUGGAGGUGGUGAUUAUGGAUCCUGCUGGCAAAAAAAACACAGUGACUUGCACCAUCGAGGAUAAGGGCAACAGUAGCUACCGCUGCACCUACAAACCCACCCUGGAGGGCCAGCACACCAUCUAUGUCACCUUCGCCGGUGGUCAGAUCAGCAAGAGUCCCUUUACGGUCAACGUGGGGGAGGCGUGUAACCCCAGCCUCUGCAGAGCUAAGGGUCGUGGUCUUCAGCCAAAGGGCCUGAGGGUGAAGGAGACUGCAGACUUUAAGGUUUACACCAAAGGAGCCGGCACUGGAGAGCUCAAAGUCACCAUCAAGGGGCCCAAGGGUCUUGAGGAGCCAUGUAAAAGAAAAGAUCUCGGAGAUGGUGUGUAUGGAUUUGAGUAUUACCCGACCACACCUGGAACGUAUACCAUCACCAUCACCUGGGGUGGACAGCAUAUCCCCCGCAGUCCCAUUGAGGUCAAGAUUGGUGCUGAGGCCGGCCAGCAGAAGGUGAGGGCCUGGGGUCCAGGACUGGAGGGUGGCGUUGUUGGAAAAUCUGCUGACUUUGUGGUGGAGGCUGUUGGAGACAACGUCGGUACACUGGGAUUUUCUGUGGAAGGUCCAUCUCAGGCCAAGAUUGAAUGUGACGACAAGGGAGAUGGAUCCUGUGACGUGCGCUACUGGCCCACAGAGCCUGGGGAGUAUGCUGUGCAUGUCCUCUGCAACAGCGAAGACAUUCAACACUCUCCCUUUAUGGCUGAGAUUGUCAACCCACCAGGCAAAGACUUCUACCCCGACAAGGUUAAGGCAUAUGGUCCAGGCCUUCAGAGCAGUGGUUUGGCUGUCGGAAAGCCCACUGAGUUCACAGUUGAUGCCAAGCAAGGAGGAAAAGCUCCUCUGAAGAUCGUGGCCCAGGAUGGUGAAGGUACUCCUGUGGAUGUACAGGUCAAGGAUAACGGCAAUGGCACCUAUGCCUGUACUUACACCCCACGUAAACCUGUAAAGCACACUGCCAUGGUCUCCUGGGGAGGAGUCAACAUCCCUGACAGCCCAUUUAGAAUGAACAUCGGAGCAGGCUGUCAUCCAAACAAGGUGAAAGUGUCAGGACCUGGAGUGGCCAAGACUGGCCUCAAGGCCUUCGAGCCAACAUACUUCACUGUUGACUGCGCAGAGGCUGGUCAAGGUGACAUCAGUAUAGGAAUCAAGUGUGCCCCCGGUGUGGUGGGACCCGCAGAGGCCGAUAUCGACUUCGACAUCAUUAGAAACGACAACGACACCUUCACUGUCAAAUACACUCCUCCUGGAGCAGGCAGUUACACCAUCAUGGUCCUGUUUGCUGACCAGGCUAUUCCAAUGACACCUAUCAGGAUCAAAGUGGAUCCUUCUCAUGAUGCCAGCAAAGUCAAGGCAGAGGGACCAGGACUCAGCCGCAGUGGCGUUGAGCUGAACAAACCCACUCAUUUCACUGUGAGCACUAAAGGAGCAGGAAAGGCCAACUUGGACUGCAACUUCAGCGGACCGACCAAAGGAGAGGCCGUCAAGGACUUUGAAAUCGUCAACAACCACGACAACACACACACUGUGAAAUACACACCUGUGCAGCAGGGUCCUCUGGGAGUUGCUGUGACCUACGGUGGAGAUCACAUUCCCAAGAGCCCCUUCAACGUCGCUGUGGCACCUACAGUGGACCUCAGCAAGAUCAACAUCACAGGCCUGGGAGACAAGAUGACUGUAGGCAAAGACCAGGAAGUGACUGUCAAAUCAAAGGGUGCUGGCGGUCAGGGCAAGGUCGCCGCCAAAGUGACCGCACCAUCAGGGAAGGCUGUGGCCAGCAAGGUUGAACCAGGCCUGAGUCCAGAGACCAGCCAGGUGAAAUUCAUCCCCCGGGAGACGGGGCCAUACCAGGUUGAACUGACCUAUGAUGGUGUGCCAAUCCCUGGAUCACCCUUCACCCCGACAGCUUAUCCUGCCUCAGAUCCCUCCAAGGUGCGCUGUUCUGGCCCAGGCUUGGAGCGUGCCAAGGUCGGGGAGAAAGGGGAGUUCAUUGUGGACUGUACCAAUGCCGGCCCAGCUGACCUGACCAUUGAGAUCAUCUCGGACAGCGGUACCGAGGCCGAGGUGCACAUCCAGGAUAACGGGGAUGGAACCUACACCAUCACCUACAUCCCUCUAUACCCAGGCUCGUACACUCUCACCAUCCGGUACGGUGGCCAAGAUGUGCCCAACUUCCCCGCUCGGCUCAAUGUGGAGCCUGCAGUGGAUGCCAGUGGAGUCCGUGUGUUUGGACCAGGAGUGGAGGGGAAAGGUGUUUUCCGCGAGGCGACCACAGACUUCACUGUGGACGCUCGUGCUCUCACGCAGGCCGGAGGUGACCACAUCAAAACCCUCAUCAGCAACCCGUCUGGCAGCCGCACAGACGCCAUGAUCACUGACCUCGGAGAUGGAACCUACAACGUAGAGUACACUCCCUAUGAGGAGGGCCCACACAGCGUGGAGGUUUGCUACGAUGGCUCUCCAGUACCUAAAAGUCCAUUCCGCGUCGCCGUCACUGAAGGCUGUGAUCCAGCUCGUGUCCGCGUGCAUGGUCCUGGCCUGAAAUGCGGCAUCACCAACAAGCCCAACAAGUUCACAGUGGAAACUCGAGGAGCGGGUACUGGUGGUCUUGGUCUGGCAAUGGAGGGUCCAUCAGAGGCCAAAAUGUCCUGCACUGAUAACAAGGAUGGCAGCUGCAGUGUGGAGUACAUCCCAUACGAGGCUGGUCCAUACAACCUCAACAUCACCUACGGAGGACAGCCCAUCAAAGGCAGCCCGUUCUCUGUGCCUGUCAGUGACACUGUGGACAGUACCAAGGUGAAGUGCCAGGGUCCAGGUCUGGGCAACAAUGUCAGGGCCAACAUUCCUCAGGCAUUCACAGUGGACGCCUCCAAAGCUGGUGUGGCCCCACUGCAGGUCCGCGUACAGGGACCUAAAGGUGUGGUGGAGCCUGUGGAGGUGGUGGAUAACGGCGACCAGACUCACACAGUCAACUAUGUUCCCUCCAGAGAGGGGCCCUAUUCCAUUAAUGUGUUGUAUGCUGAUGAGGAGAUCCCACGCAGCCCCUACAAGGUGAAGGUGCUCCCCACCCACGACGCCAGUAAAGUGCGUGCCAGUGGACCUGGCCUUAACACCACCGGUGUGCCUGCCUCUCUGCCAGUCGAGUUCACCAUUGAUGCCAAAGACGCAGGCGAGGGACUGCUGGCAGUGCAGAUCACUGACCCAGAGGGGAAGCCUAAGAAGGCAAACAUCCGUGACAACCAUGACGGGACCUACCUGGUGUCCUAUGUUCCGGACAUGACCGGCAGAUACACCAUCCUCAUUAAGUACGGAGGGGAUGAGAUCCCAUACUCCCCCUACCGUAUCAGGGCACUGCCCACCGGAGACGCCAGCAAGUGCACCGUCACAGUCUCAAUCGGCGGUCACGGUUUAGGCGCCGGCGUUGGCCCAACGAUCCAGAUUGGCGAACAGACAGUCAUCACAGUGGACGCCAAGGCUGCUGGGAAAGGCAAGGUGACAUGCAGUGUGUGCACACCUGAGGGCGCGGAGCUCGACGUGGACGUUGUUGAAAAUGAGGACGGCACGUUUGACAUCUUCUACACGGCGCCGCAGCCUGGCGAGUAUGUCAUCUGCGUCCGUUUUGGAGGGGAGCACAUCCCUAACAGUCCCUUCCAAGUCACGGCACUGGAAGGAGCUCCAUCAGACCAACUCAUGCAGCAGAGCCAAAUGCCCCAGUACUACACUCAACAGCCCUGGGCGACAGACAGACCAAUGGGAAUGAACGGCCUGGAUGUGGCUGGGCUGAGACCGUUCGACCUGGUCAUCCCAUUCACCAUCCAGAAGGGCGAGAUCACAGGUGAGGUCCGAAUGCCAUCGGGCAAAGUGGCCAAGCCUGACAUCACAGACAACAAAGACGGCACCGUUACUGUCAAGUACGCUCCCACUGAGGCCGGCCUGCACGAGAUGGACAUCAAAUACGACGGCAUCCACAUCCCUGGAAGUCCCUUACAGUUCUAUGUGGACUACAUGAAUAGUGGUAAUGUUAGUGCCUAUGGCCCCGGCCUCAUCCACGGCACUGUCAACAAGCCUGCUGUCUUCACUGUUAACACUAAAGAUGCUGGAGAGGGUGGUCUGUCGCUGGCCAUCGAGGGUCCAUCCAAGGCAGACAUCGGCUGUGUGGACAACCAGGAUGGGACAUGCACUGUGUCCUACCUGCCCGUCCUGCCCGGGGACUACAGCAUCCUGGUCAAAUACAACGACAAGCACAUCCCUGGCAGCCCCUUCUCUGCUAGAAUUACUGGCGAUGACUCCAUGAGGAUGUCCCAUCUGAAGGUGGGCUCGGCUGCAGAUAUUCCUCUGGACAUUGGAGAGCUUGACCUCAACCAGCUGACUGCCUCCCUCACCACGCCCUCGGGCCGCGAGGAGCCCUGCCUGCUGAAGAUGCUGCGCAACGGACAUGUUGGCAUUUCGUUCGUUCCUAAGGAGAUCGGAGAGCACCUGGUGAACAUCACUAAGAAGAACGGUCGCCACAUUCCCAACAGCCCCAUUUCUGUUAUGAUCAGCCAAUCAGAGAUCGGUGAUGCCAGCCGCGUGCGUGUGAGUGGCCAGGGCCUGAGCGAGGCCAGGACCUUUGAGCCUGCAGAGUUCAUCAUCGACACUCGUGAUGCAGGCUAUGGUGGCCUGAGCCUGUCCAUUGAGGGACCAAGCAAAGUGGACAUCAACACUGAGGACCAGGAAGACGGAACCUGCAAGGUCACCUACUGCCCCACCGAACCAGGAAAUUACAUCAUCAACAUCAAGUUUGCUGACCAGCAUGUUCCAGGGAGCGCAUUUACAGUGAAGGUAACAGGAGAGGGUAGGAUGAAGGAGAGCAUCACCAGGAAGAGGAGAGCAGCGUCGGUCGCCAACGUUGGCAGUCAGUGUGACCUCAGCCUGAAGAUCCCAGAGAUCAGCAUAGCGGACAUGACGGCUCAAGUGACAAGCCCAUCCGGACAGAUUCACAAGGCCGACAUCAUGGAGGGAGAGAACAACACUUAUUGCAUUCGUUUUGUCCCCACCGAGACGGGCGUGCACACCGUUUGUGUGAAAUACAACGGCAUGCACGUGCCUGGCAGCCCGUUCCAGUUCACGGUUGGCCCACUGGGAGAGGGCGGCUCUCAUAAGGUCCGUGCUGGAGGGCCAGGCCUGGAGAGAGCAGAGGCUGGAGUACCAGCGGAGUUCAGUAUCUGGACAAGGGAGGCUGGGGCCGGAGGUCUCAGCAUUGCUGUGGAGGGACCGAGCAAGGCUGAAAUUGCCUUUGAGGACCGAAAGGAUGGCUCCAGUGGAGUGUCGUACAUCGUGCAGGAGCCUGGAGACUACGAGGUAUCCAUCCGUUUCAACGAUGAACACAUCCCCGACAGCCCCUUCAUCGUCCCCGUGGCCUCGCCAUCAGACGAUGCCCGUCGCCUCACUGUUGCCAGUCUUCAGGAGUCGGGUUUGAAGGUGAACCAGCCGGCGUCAUUUGCUGUCAGCCUGAACGGUGCAAAGGGUGUGAUUGAUGCAAAGGUCCACAGCCCAUCUGGAGCUCUGGAGGAAUGCUGCGUCACUGAGAUUGAUCAAGAUAAGUACGCAGUCCGGUUCAUCCCCAGAGAGAAUGGUCUCUAUCUAAUUGAUGUGAAGUUCAACGGAAGUCACAUCCCUGGUAGUCCAUUUAAGAUCCGAGUUGGAGAGACGGGCCAGGCUGGAGACCCAGGGAUGGUGUCUGCCUACGGACCAGGACUGGAGGGAGGCACCACAGGAACUGCAUGUGAAUUUGUGGUGAACACAAGCAACGCUGGCCCCGGUGCUUUAGCUGUGAGCAUCGACGGGCCUUCUAAGGUGAAGAUGGACUGUGUGGAGUGCCCUGAGGGUUACAGGGUCACAUACACCCCAAUGGCUCCUGGCAAUUAUCUAAUUUCUAUCAAAUACGGCGGUCCUUACCAUAUCGUGGGAAGCCCCUUCAAAGCCAAGAUCACUGGAUCAAAGCUCGUGUCCAGCCACAGUAUGCAUGAAACGUCUUCUGUCAUGGUUGACCCUGUGACCCGUGCCAUCAGCUGUUCUCAGCAGAGUCCCCCUGUCCAGUCAGAUGCCAGCAAGGUUGUGGCCAAGGGCCUGGGUCUAAACAAAGGUUUCAUUGGCCAGAAAAACAGCUUCAGUGUCGACUGCAGCAAAGCAGGUCGUAACAUGCUCCUGGUCGGUGUGGAUGGUCCCAAGGUCCCCUGUGAGGAGAUCCUAGUGAAACAUUUGGGCAACCGCUUGUACAACGUCAGCUACCAGCUCAAAGACAAGGGAGAGUACAUCCUGGUGGUCAAGUGGGGAGACGAGCACAUCCCUGGAAGCCCCUACCACAUCACUGUCUAAAAACCCAGCUCCACAAUCAGAAACGUAUACCACUGUUUAAACAACUGAAAUUCUAUCUAGAGUCUAACCGAUCAUUGUUUACAGCUCCAAGUCCCUCCCAUGUUACAAAUUAAGUUUUUUGCAUCUUAUUUUAUAACUAUUUAACCAACUCAAAACAAACUCUCACGUCAGUGUUUACCCUCAGCCAGAUGUCUGUGUGUUUUUCCACAAGUGAAUAUUUUAAAAUAAAAUCUUCACUGUAACCAGAUCAGAAUCGCCCAAAGAUAAACGCAUAGACACAGACUUUUCCUCUCUUUGUGGUCAUUCGCUCCAUUUCUUGUUGCAUUCUGCUUAUCACGUCGUUCAGUAAACUUGGGGAGGAAAGAGAUGCACCUUUUUUAUUAUUACUGUAAGCAAGCAGUGGACAUUAGUAGAUUUGUCUCAAGUCGUGUAGAAGUCUAGGAUAGCUUAGUGUAGUGUAGCAGCAGUAGAUUUUGGCCCCGCUGAGCCCAGCAUUGGAUGGAAGGUUACAGUUUACACUGGAGGAGCUACUCUUAUAUACAUAAAUAAUGGUUUUUAGUUUUAUAUGAACAAUCACAGGACUUGAACCAAAGAGUGUCAGAGGUAAUGUGCCUUCCUGUUGCCUUCCUGGGUUUAUAAGAGUGUGUGAAAGUGCCUUUUUACACACACUGUGACACACUUUGAUAGAAGUCCUUUAAUUGUCCAUCUAAAAGUCAGAUGAGAUGCUUGUCCUUUACUUAACAACUAAUGCUCAGCACUGGCCCAGUCCACUCCAGCAUGUGGUGUUCAUGAUGCUCUUUAACUAACCCGGUUGUUUUACCUGCUGCUAGUGUGAUCCAGUUUUUUUAGGCACUGCUGUUCUUAAAGCCGUAUUAUGGAUUAGUGUAGGGAAAUAAUUACAAAAGAUUCAAGAUAUGGUGCCACGUGAACAGAGGAGAAAGACACAUUUCACAGUAGCUUUGUGGUUUGUCUCACACGUGCUCUCUCAACACCGCUGCUGGGAAACAAUGCUUUUUUUAGUGUGUUUUUAACCUGUGAUACUGACGUGCUCUGCAUGUUCAUUAGGUCGUAAAGGUCUUGCGAUACAGACAGCCUCUGAUUCAGAAUAACAUCGACAUGACAUGUGGCGUGUUUGUGGUGGUUCACCUUUUGAGUAUGGAACUGUUUCAUAUCAAUUCAAAGGUUUAAAAAGGGAUGUUUCUAAAGUUGUGCUGGACAGAAGGGCUGAAGUUGAUGUUCUGAUUUGUCACGUCCUGAAAACACGAUGACCAAAAACGAGAACAGAUGUUGCUUUGUUUUCUGCUCAGUGUUUGUAUCUCACCCCCUUCAGCCGCUACCAACCCACCCACCCCUUCCCUUUCUUUCCAGCUCGCUUUGUGCCUAAUCUAUCUUUCAGAACAAAAAAAUAAAUUUUGUCCUAAUAAAAAAAGAAAAAGGCUUUAAAAGUGUUUGUAAGACAGUAUUUUGAUACACAAUAAAGUUGUCUAAGUAUUUUUCUGUCAA